AUGGCCACUGUGGGACAGAAUGAAGGGACCAUUGCCUCUAAUGUUGUCGAAAUACUGAGGCGUGCUAUUAGCAAUGUGCCGCCUAGUCCAUCGUUGUCGCCGUCUGGGCAGCAGGCCAUGGCUUGGCCAUCUGAUACCACAAGAGAGGAAUCUUCAUCUCCUCCUGCCGAUCCCCAGUAUAUCUCCAUCAGGACCUUGUGGCCUCAUAGCCCAGACUUGCCACCCGGCCCACCAUCAACUUCUCAAGAUAGACUACUUCAUGCACUGGGAGAUACUCACGUUGAGAAUAUAUAUGGCCUUACUGGGUUGGAGGGGAUCCAGCCAAGCACACUCAACGCUCUGAACAGCCCAAGUGUAGUCCAUACCACAGGGCAUGAGACUUUUCUAUCCUCCACCGCAGGUCAACAAGCUUUACCUUUGCAAUUUGACUACGAGCGUAAUUUGGCUAUUGCCAAAUUUCGCGAGGAUCACCAGGGCGCAAUCACCUUCGACGACGACGACGAUGAAGAGUUUUUUCUCUGUCUCGGUCCCCCGAGUGGCCGCCGCCGCUACUCCCCAACCCCUAUCCUCGCCACCUCGCCAGCAUUCGAGCCAUGGGGCAUGUACCCGCCAUUUUACGACUGGGACGAAGAUUUUGAUUCCGAUCCGCCGGUAUCCAAAGAGUUAGAUCCUGCCGCUCCAGUUUUUGAGUAUCAACCCAGCCACGCCUAUAUCCAAGAUACCGCAUCAGGAGCAGACCAGCAAGCUCUCCGGUCCCAGGACUCAGUCUCCGAGCCCCCAGAACCCGACCUUCCAGCAGAGGCUUCAGGCGCCGCGGCUCCAGGAGCACGCCAGCAAGCCGUCCAGUCCCAGGACGCAGUUUCUGAGUCCCCGGAAUCCGAGCUUCCAACACAGGCUUUAAGCGCCCCGGCUCCCCAGCCACAUGCGCCGCAACGAUGGAGUUUGCCACCGCUGCGUGACCUACCAUUCUACUCCGAUAAAAAAAGAAAGGGGGAGGAGGCGGAACUAAGGGCCCAGCGUAUGCGUCAGCAAAAUCGCGUUGGUGCUGCGAACGGUAAUGGAACUGCCCGAUCACAGCAGUCACAAAAUGGCAAUGCGGCCUCUGGGCCGUCAUCGGCGCCGUACAUGCCAGCCCGAUCAAAUGGGUUUAUGGCAACUGCUACGCCGUCACGGGGCUCGUCGAGGUCAGGCCGUUCUAUGGCACUCGGCUCACAUAAUGGGUCGUCUAUAUUUCCAAGAGCUCGCAACGGCUCUUUUAAACCCCGCAACAACCCGCCUAGUCUUAUUCGUUCUGGUCCAUCCAAGGGCCCCCAGACCGGCAGCAACUCAUCUGGAACCACAGCUACCACAUAUGCCGGCCUAUCAACCCACCCUGCACCAUCCUCUAGCCCGCCUUGCAAGUUCGAGGAUACUGCCCUCCCGUCAAAUUCUGUGGAACGACCAGCUACCCCUGGGCCGUCUGGAGAACCGAGGACAAAUCCUGCAACGAAAGGCAAAGCAAGGACGCAUACUAAAGCAGCCAGUCCACCGCGCCCACCGCCCGCACCUACCACUGGCACGGCCGGAGUUCCUGUGGCGGCUACCAGGCCGCGUGGAGGCCGCGCGAGAGGCAGGACGCGGCGCCAAUCACCACCGGCCCAGGCCGCGGGGGUUUCAACAUCUACUGGCCAAAAUUUGACAGCUGCGCCUCGGUCACCGACGGGGAUGCCCACUCGGACGAGAGCCAGCAAUGGGACCGCGGAUGCUGGACCCUCGACCGAAGGAAGUAGUGUUCCGGUCGAGCCUACAAGAAUCAGUGAUCAAGAAUCGGCGCUACCAACUCGGCAACCCAUGCCGCGGCCGACUCAGACGAACACCGGCAACGGAGUUGCGGAUGCGGGACCUUCGGCUGGGGGAAGAAGUACACAAGUUUGCCGCACACGAAGUAAUUUGGGUCAUGAGAUAUUUGAGGCACAGAUAGAGUACCAUAAGAGAUUUCAGGCGAUGGGUGGAUAUAGGAGGCGAGGGGGUUAGGCGUUUGUCAUGG